GCCGCGGCACUGAUAGGCUCAGAUACUUAGCGAGAGACAGCGACUAGACCCUCCCUCUCUCUCUUCUCUUCUCCUCCUUUUUCACAAUCUCUCGUGUCUCACUCUGCUGUCGUAGAGGCUGCAGGCUGCACACGCUCAGUGAGUCCAUCUCUUUCUCUCUCUCUGUCCCGCUGUCUCGCUCAGCAUUUCAGGAACAGGAGCUGACUCUUCUGCACUCUUCUCUGCAUGACUGUCACAAAGAUGUCAUGGCGGCCGACCUACCGGAGCUCCAAGUUUCGAAACGUCUAUGGCAAAGUGGCCAACCGAGAGCACUGCUUCGAGGGCAUCCCGAUAACAAAGAACGUCCAUGACAACCACUUCUGCGCGGUCAACGCCAAGUUCCUCGCCAUAGUAACUGAGAGCGCGGGAGGAGGAUCUUUCGUUGUAAUCCCGGUCACUCAGUUUGGCCGUAUCGACCCUCACUAUCCAAAGGUCUGUGGUCACCAAGGCAAUGUGCUGGACAUCAAAUGGAAUCCUUUCCAUGACAACAUAAUCGCUUCUUGUUCAGAGGACUCUUCUGUACGAAUAUGGGAGAUUCCUGAUGAAGGCCUGAGAAGGAAUUUGACAGAGUCUGUAUUAGAACUGUAUGGUCACAGCAGACGUGUGGGCCUCAUAGAGUGGCACCCAACCACUAGUGGGAUUCUCUUCAGUGCUGGCUAUGACUACAAAAUCCUGAUUUGGAAUCUGGAGAUUGGGGAGCCGGUGAAAAUGAUUGACUGCCACACAGACGUGAUCCUCUGUAUGUCAUUUAACACAGAGGGGAGCCUGCUGGCCACCAGCUGCAAGGACAAGAAGCUCCGCGUCAUUGAGCCCCGCUCUGGCAAAGUGCUGCAGCAGGAGGCAAACUUUAAAAACCACAAAGUGAACCGUGUUGUGUUCCUAGGCAACAUGAAACGACUCCUAACGACAGGUGUGUCUCGCUGGAACACACGCCAGAUUGCUCUCUGGGACCAGGAGGAUCUGUCCAUGCCCAUCAUUGAAGAGGAGAUUGACGGCCUGUCAGGACUGCUUUUCCCUUUUUAUGAUGCAGACACACAUAUGCUCUACUUAGCAGGCAAGGGUGAUGGGAACAUCCGGUACUAUGAGAUCAGCCCGGAGAAACCCUACAUGCAGUAUCUCAUGGAGUUCCGGUCCCCUGCACCACAGAAAGGCCUCGGAGUGAUGCCGAAGCAUGGACUAGAUGUAGGAGCGUGUGAAGUCUUCAGGUUUUAUAAGUUGGUGACUCUAAAGGGCCUGAUUGAGCCAAUCUCUAUGAUCGUGCCUAGAAGGUCUGAAACAUAUCAGGAGGACAUAUAUCCUAUGACUCCCGGGACAGAACCUGCUCUGUCUGCUGAUGAGUGGCUCAGUGGAAUCAACCGAGGUCCAGUGCUCAUGUCCUUAAAAGAGGGCUACAACAGACCCAACAAGCUGGUGUUCAAGGCCCCCGUAAAGGAGAAGAAGGGUGGAGUGGUCAAUGGGAUUGACCUGCUAGAAAACGUGCCUCCCCGUACAGAGAACGAGCUCUUGCGGAUGUUCUUCAGGCAGCAGGAAGAGUUGCGGCGACUGAAGGACGAACUUGCACAGAAGGACAUUAAGAUUCGACAGCUUGAGCUGGAGCUCAAUAACUUAAGGAACAGCCCAAACAUCAACAACAAUAACAACAGCAGCAGCAGCAAUGGUAGCAGCAUUUGACAUGGGAUCUCUGCUGUUUCUGUUGAUCUCCUAAAGUGACACACUAUAAGCCCCCAGCGCUGCUAAAAACACACGGGCUUCCUAACACUCAAAUAUCCUUCAAGACCACAGGAGAACAAGCGCUUGACUUCAUGAAGCAGUGUUUCACUCUGACCCUCGGUGUUGACCCCACAGCUGCCGUGUACUAAGUCAACUUUAUUGGACUGAUGAUUCACUAACCUUGUGAAAACUCUUCCAUCUUCAGUCACACUGCCGGUCUGCCUGCAGUUAAUUGAUUCUCCCUAUAUAGAUUGAUUUUGGUACAAGCUAUUCAUUGCAUUAUCAUCUCAUAAUUGUAGACUUUAAAUAUUACAAUUAUUUAUUUAAUUUCUUCUUUUUUUUCCCCUUUGUGCUAUUAGCCCUUGUUCUAAACCGCUUAAUAAACUCCAUAUAGAGAUAAACAUAAAUAAGGUCAAACAGACAUGCUUCACGCAUCAAGCUGUUAUCUUGUGUAAACACUACUUCUAUUGCAUCAUUAGGAUAUGACCCACAGUGCUGUUUUAAUGUAGAAACUCAAGCACCACAGUCUGGUAAUCUUACACGACUGAUGACUUUUACCCAAUUGACAUGCUCCUAAAUCCUGAAGUAUCGAGUUUGUAUCUAUAUAAAUUGGGAACUCUGUUUCUU